AUGCAAUGGAUACCAAUGACAGUGAAUAUCAAGUUCGGCCUAUUGCUUCUCAAUCAACUAGUAUCGGGUCUCACCGUUUCCACUUAUAGUACUGUUUUUAUUCUCAUGCUCGAAUUAACAUCAGCGGCUCACACAAGUCUCGUCGGAAAUGUAGCACUUGUCGCUUUUACAGUUGGUGAAGCAAUUAUUACUCUUUUUGCCUACCUUACUUUCGAUUGGCAAAUGCUCAAAUGGGCUAAUACUAUUUUUAUUGGGCUAACCUUGCCUUAUCUCUGUUUUAUGCCCGAAACACCACUUUAUCUCUAUGCCCAACGACAAUAUACUGAGCUCGAAGCACUUUUACGUCGCAUUGCGACGCAAAAUAGACGAGCUGAAGUCGAAUGGUAUCCAUCGUAUCAAGAAUUCUUACGUAGUCAAUCGAUUGCACAAGUUCAUGAUAAAGAGAAAAUGCCUUUUCUCAAACAAAUUCGCCAACUUCUUUCACAUAGACCGAGCAUCAUCAAACUAUUUAUUAUAGAUGUUAUUGGUUUCACAACAUAUCUUCUUUAUUAUGAGAUAAGUUAUGGUCUUGAAGUCAUAAAUAUAUCUCCAUACCUUGGAGUUCUCAUCGGAGCCGUCGUCGAAGCUUUGGGUUACAUAUCUAGUUCUUUACUUAUGGUAACAAGACUAGGUCGUAAAGGUACAUUUGUCAUUAUGUUAGCUCUUACAGCAGUUUGCGUUCUCAUCAUACCAUUCAUUAAUAAACAUAGUGCACUAGCCACUGUGUUGCUUGCUCAAUUUGGUAAAUAUGCCAUAUCGGGUGCAAUAUCUGCCUCUUGGAUAUUCGUGCCUGAACUCUUUCAGACUUCUAUUCGAAGUAGUGUAAAUGGACUUUUCAUUACUUUUAGCCAUAUUGGAGCUAUUAUUGCACCAGUUAUUGAUACUUCCGUGAGCGAUGAAUAUUUACCAAUAACAUACUAUGUGUCAUCGGCUCUAGCUGUUGUCGUUCUUUUGUUAACCAUGCUCUUGCCAGAAACAAGAGAUAAAACAAUGGAUGAUUGA